GCAGUGGUUGUCUUUCUCCUCAAGUUGGAGUGCGUUCCGAAGUCAACAAAAAAUCGGUGCACAUACCUUUUAGUUCACGAGUGUACUCGAAGCAUUUGUAACGUUUUCGUGUUCGGUGCACUCGGUACACUUGUCGCGGUUUAUCGGUCAAUCAUGAAAUUUUGUGUUCGUAUUGACGCUUUUGGAUGAAACAUUACUGAUCGAAAUCAGUGUCUACUGACUUUAUCAUUGGGAAUAAUUACAAGAUUAACAAAAUGACGGAAAAAGUGGAAAGCAUCAAUCGUGAUUCUAACGUAGAUGAGAAAUAUCGAGUUUACGCGAGCGUGUCGUUCGCCGUGCUGCUGCUGGGAGUCGGCCUGCCCCUUUGGUGGCACACCACGGCGGUGCCGCGCGUCGCGCUUCCCUACGCCAGGAUCGACGAGCUGUCGCAGCUGGACAUCAAGAUCACCACGAAGAUCAUCGUCGCCGCGCUCUCGCGCGACCGCGCCGAGCUGCUCGCGCGCGAGAUCAGGCGAACCUUCGCGAACGCCGAGAUAUACCGAUUGGACGUGGAGUAUCAGGUAAUCUCCAGUAACCUGUUGGCGUCUGCUUUCACGUAUCACGAACUCGAGAAGGUAGCCUCGACCUUUGACUUGGACGUCGGCGGACUACUGCUACUGGAGGCGACAAAUCUGAACGACGCUGUCCUGGUCGGUUCCAAGAGAACGCUAUACUUCUCUACUGAAACCAGUGCUGCCAAAUUGGUGCAGGUGUUAUCGGAAUGGAUUCUACACGACAAGUCAUUGGCGCUGACGAGGAACGCGCUCGCCGAGCCCACCGUGUACAGUUUAGACGAGGAGAACAGGAGACGAUUCCCGGCCAGUCCAGCGUACGACAUCCUGAUCACCCUGGUGAAUCCUGAUCCUGAAAAGCUGAAGGUCGUUUGGGACCUCAAGAUGGUAGCCGAAGAGUACAUACGACCGUUUCUGGACGAGAUGUCCAUCGUGAGUAACUUCUCGGUGAAGUCGCAGUGGCUGUACCUGCUGCCGUUAGAUGUGAAUCCUAAACGAGUGCCCGACAGCAGUCCGAGUCGCCGGCACUUUGCCCUGCGCGAAAGCGUUCUGCCGCAGCUCGUGACGCCGUUGGAGAAAAAAUUAGCAUCGCAGGUUAGCCUCCAUCCUUGCAUAAGCUUCGUCGUCUACACGGUGCCGUGCGACAGCGCACCCCUGCACAUCUACACUCGCAGCGGCCACAGGUCGCGGGCGGAAAGCAACAUAGAGGCCUUUCUGUCUCCAAGAUGGGGUGGCGUGGUCUUGAUCAAUCCACCGUCGGAAGCUUGCGAAAAUGCGCGAGAAGACGAAGUCGUUACCGUCGUCCCCGAGGAAACCGCAGUGAUAGGCACGUUCUUGGCGCAGCUCAGACUAUUGUUGGGCAUUCCAGAAACGAAGCCCAUCAGCGGGGUGACGGCGGUGCCAUUGGUGGGAUUGAAAUCGCGCGAUUGGGAGAUCGAUUCUCUAUUAAGAUUUCGCACCGUCGAGCAAUUGACCUCGGCGAAAUUGACCCUGCAAUCGUUGGCGCAACUCCUUAAGGAGAUCAGCAACAUCGUCAUCACCGAUGUGGUUGGGAACAGGAUCAAGACCGCGCUCGAGUUGGUGUACAGCUCCGCCAUGUGCCUGGAGCGCGGCGACCUCGAGCGUAGCUUUUUUCUGAGCAAGGAGGCCUUCGUUACUGCCGAAGCGGCCUUCUCCGAUCCGACACUAUUGGCGCUCCUUUACUUCCCGGAAGAUCAGAAGUACGCUGUGUACAUUCCUCUGUUCCUGCCGGCAAUGAUACCGGUGUUAUUAUCGCUCAAGAAUAUACGGAGAUAUUACUUUCCGGAGAAAUAGGCAGUACGUAGGAAGAAAUAAAAGGUUAGAAGAACAAGAAAAGAAAGAUUAGAGGACCGCAGAGAAACAGAAAAACAAAAAAAAUAGUGGGGGUGAGUUAAAUGUGAAGGCCGAAUAAUGAGAGACAUUUUUCUGACUGAUAACAUGAUUACGUGUAUACAAUCGUGCGAUCGUGGCUGCGUUGGAGAUCAAAGUUUUCGACCAAAGGUAAUGUAUAGCAAUAAUAGACGUGUAAUUUUCGUACAACGUUCUAUACUGUUUAUAAACGAGAAGCUUCGUGCGCUAUGAAUAAAUCAUCUAUGUCGUACGUAUUGCACGUAGCGAUGCACAUCGGUCGUCUUAUCGCAAGAAGCAUCUCAUCUCAUUUAAGCUCUUUACUCACGCGCGUAAAACGCUAAGACGUGACUACGGUACUUGGGAUAUAUCCUUCCUCACAUGACCGGACAUAAUACGCAUUUAUUUAACGCUGACACGGUUAGUCAGAAUCGUGCGAUCUUAACGACUCAUUAAGUACGAGAAUAGUUCUAAGGUAGAUUUUUACUCACCGCUGCGCGCAGAGAAGACGUCGAAAGAAAACGCGUGGAG